CUAACCAUCUUGAAAACACACACAUCAACAACUGCAAAAGAAACCCAGCGUUUACAGAUCUGUAGAGAUUUAUAAAGAAAAAAAAUGGCGAUGGCACCAGAUGUGUUGUUCAAUCUGCGUAACAACUUCUAUUUAGGAGCAUAUCAAGCCGCGAUCAACAACAGCGAAGUUCCUAACCUUUCUGAAGAAGAUUCUAUCGAACGUGAUUGCCUCGUUUACAGAUCUUACAUCGCUCUCGGAAGCUAUCAGCUUGUGAUUAGUGAAGUCGAUUCAUCCGCCGCUACGCCACUUCAGGCCGUGAAACUGCUCGCGGUGUACUUUUCGAGUCCUGAUAGUAAGGAAAGCGUGAUUUCAAGUAUACGGGAGUUGUUGGGUGAUGCUGCUGUUGGAAACAAUCCAAUUUUGAGGCUUAUUGCCGGGACCAUAUUCACGCAUGAACAGGACUACAAUGAGGCCCUCAAAUACACGAAUGCUGGGGGAACAAUGGAACUGUAUGCGUUGAAUGUCCACAUUUUUCUCAAGAUGCACAGAUCGGAUUAUGCUGAGAAGCAAUUGAGAGUUAUGCAACAGAGUGAUGAAGAUCACACACUGACUCAGCUUGCAACUGCAUGGCUUAAUUUAGCAGUGGGUGGUUCAAAGAUACAAGAAGCAUAUCUCAUCUUCCAGGACUUCUCUGAGAAGUCCCAAAUGACUAGUCUGAUCCUUAAUGGGAAAGCUGUAUGUUGUAUGCAUAUGGGAAAUUUUGACGAAGCAGAGUCAUUUUUGCUAGAAGCACUGAACAAGGAUGCAAAGGAUCAAGAGACACUGGCUAAUCUUGUUGUAUGCAGUCUUCAUCUUGGAAAAAGUCCUGCGCGAUUUUUAAGCCAGUUGAGACUGUUGGAUCCAGAACACAUGCUAAUCAAACAGGGUGCAACCGCAGAAGAGAAUUUUGAUAGAGCAUUACAAACGGUUGUUUGAGCAGCAACAAGACGUUCAAAAAUGAGUAUUUCUUCAGGAACUGUUCUUUAUGUUUUCGUUAAAACUUAUUGGUCUUCUUUAGCAUUGAACGAUAUGAAACCCUCUAUGUUGUUUUGCCUCAAUCUACCCCAAAGUUUGUUACCUAAGUAUGAUAAUUUGGUUUAUAGGUAAAUGUCAUUUUACUUUUAUACUCGUA